CUCCGGCCCCUCCUCCUCGCGGCCGCCGGAGCCACAGCCGGAGCCGGCGCCCGAGCCACCUCGCCCCCCGGCUCGCGCGCCCGCUGCCAUGGCUUUCGCCAAUUUCCGCCGCAUCCUGCGCCUGUCCACCUUCGAGAAGAGAAAGUCCCGCGAAUAUGAGCACGUCCGCCGGGACCUGGAGCCCAACGAGGUGUGGGAGAGCCAAGAACAAGGAGACGGGUGCCCUGGCCGCAGCCAAGGUCAUUGAGACCAAGAGCGAGGAGGAGCUGGAGGACUACAUUGUGGAGAUCGAGGUCCUGGCCACCUGCGACCACCCCUACAUCGUGAAGCUCCUGGGCGCCUACUACUACGCCGGGAAGCUGUGGAUCAUGAUCGAGUUCUGUCCUGGGGGAGCUGUGGACGCCAUCAUGCUGGAGCUGGACCGAGGCCUCACCGAGCCCCAGAUCCAGGUCGUCUGCCGCCAGAUGCUGGAAGCCCUCAGCUUCCUGCACAGCAAGAGAAUCAUCCACCGGGACCUGAAGGCGGGCAACGUGCUGAUGACCCUGGAGGGGGACAUCAGGCUAGCUGACUUUGGGGUGUCGGCCAAGAACCUGAAAACUCUUCAGAAACGAGAUUCCUUCAUAGGAACGCCUUACUGGAUGGCCCCUGAGGUGGUCAUGUGUGAGACCAUGAAGGACACGCCCUACGACUACAAAGCCGACAUCUGGUCCCUGGGCAUCACGCUCAUCGAGAUGGCCCAGAUUGAGCCCCCACACCACGAGCUCAACCCCAUGCGGGUGCUGCUCAAGAUCGCCAAGUCGGACCCGCCCACGCUGCUCACGCCUUCCAAGUGGUCUGUGGAGUUCCGUGACUUCCUGAAGACAGCCCUGGACAAGAACCCAGAGACCCGGCCCAGUGCUGCACAGCUGCUGGAGCACCCCUUCGUCAGCAGUGUCACCAGUAACAAAGCUCUCCGGGAGCUGGUGGCCGAGGCCAAGGCGGAGGUGAUGGAGGAGAUCGAGGACGGUCGAGGGGAGGAGGAAGAGGAGGACGCAGACGCCACCUCGCCGCUGGGGAACCACACUCGGGACUCUGUUGAGGUCAGUCCGCUAAGCCUCAACACCGACAAGCUUCCCCAGGAAUCGCCUCUGUCCCCGCUGCCACCCAGCCAGCCACAGGACAGCGUGAAUGGGCCCUGCAGCCAGCCCUCUGGGGACAGAGCCCUCCAAACUGCCAGCCCCUCCGAGCUGGCCCCUGGGAAUGAGAACGGCCUAGCAGUGCCCGUGUCCCUGAGGAAGUCCCGGCCCAUGUCAAUGGAUGCCAGAAUUCAGGUAACCGAGGAGAAGCACGUCGCCGAGCAAGACGGAGCCCCCAGUCCAGCAGCCAGCAGGGCCCCGAAGGCGAGCCAGGGCCGGCCCAGCAGCAGCGCCCUGGAGAGCCUGGGCAGCGGGAAGCUGGCCAACGGCAGCCUGGAGCUCCCCGCCUCGGCCCCCAGCCCCUCCAAGCGGGACGACUGUGGCAGCCUGUCCACCUCCGAGAGCGUGGACUACGGCACCUCCCUGUCCGCCGACCUGGCCCUGAACAGAGAGACGGGCUCUCUGUCCAUCAAGGAUUCCAGGCUACACAAUAAGACCCUCAAGCGGACGCGCAGAUUUGUCGUGGACGGCGUGGAAGUGAGCAUCACUACCUCCAAGAUCAUCAGCGAAGAUGAGAAAAAGGACGAGGAAAUGCGAUUUCUCAGGCGCCAGGAACUCCGGGAGCUUCGACUGCUCCAGAAAGAGGAGCAUCGGAACCAGACGCAGCUGAGCAGGAAGCACGAGCUGCAGCUGGAGCAGCUGCACAAACGAUUUGAGCAGGAGGUCAACGCCAAGAAGAAGUUCUUCGACACAGAGCUGGAGAACCUGGAGCGUCAGCAGAAGCAGCAGGUGGAGAAGAUGGAGCAAGACCACGCCGUGCGUCGUCGGGAGGAGGCCAAACGGAUCCGCCUGGAGCAGGACCGGGACUACGCCAGGUUCCAGGAGCAGCUCAAGCUGAUGAAGAAGGAGGUGAAGAAUGAGGUGGAGAGGCUUCCGCGACAGCAGCGGAAGGAGAGCAUGAAGCAGAAACUGGAGGAGCACUCGCAGAAGAAGCAGCUGCUUGACCGGGACUUUGUGGCUAAGCAGAAGGAGGACCUGGAGCUGGCCAUGAAGAGGCUGACUGCCGACAACAGGCGGGAGAUCUGCGACAAGGAGCGCGAGUGCCUCAGCAGGACCGGGAGGCGGCCCUGUGGGAGAUGGAGGAGCACCAGCUGCAGGAGCGGCACCAGCUGGUCAAGCAGCAGCUCAAGGACCAGUACUUCCUGCAGCGGCACGAGCUGCUGCGCAAGCACGAGAAGGAGCGGGAGCAGAUGCAACGCUACAACCAGCGCAUGGUGGAGCAGCUGAAGGUGCGGCAGCAGCAGGAGAAGGCGCGGCUGCCCAAGAUCCAGAGGAGCGAGGGCAAGACGCGCAUGGCCAUGUUCAAGAAGAGCCUGCACAUCAGCGGCGCGGGCAGCGCCUCGGAGCAGCGCGAGAAGGUCAAGCAGUUCUCCCAGCAGGAGGAGAAGCGGCAGAAGUCGGAGCGGCUGCAGCAGCAGCAGAAGCAUGAGAACCAGAUGCGGGACAUGGUGGCGCAGUGCGAGAGCAACAUGAGCGAGCUGCAGCAGCUGCAGAAUGAAAAGUGCCACCUCUUGGUAGAGCAUGAAACCCAGAAGCUGAAGGCCCUGGACGAGAGCCAUAACCAGAACCUGAAGGAAUGGCGGGACAAGCUCCGGCCACGCAAAAAGGCUCUGGAAGAGGAUCUGAACCAGAAGAAGCGGGAGCAGGAAAUGUUCUUCAAACUGAGCGAGGAAGCGGAGUGCCCAAACCCCACCACCCCAAGCAAGGCCACCAAGUUCUUCCCCUACAGCUCCACGGAUGACUCCUAACCACGCCCCGGGCCACGGCUGGCAGCGUGGUGGGCCUCUGGGGCCCCCAUUCUCGAUGAACAAGGACUCAGGCCCCCACUGCUUCUGUGCCAGCUUGAAUCCAGCCCCCUUCCCCCCAGCUGUGCCCACAGAUGCCCUGCUGUGUCGACCCACCUACCCUGUGCACCGCCAGGUCUGACCGUUGUCCCCAGUGAACCCAGAUUGCUCCAAGCUGUAAGUGAUCUGAGUCGUUGGUGGGUCAGGGUCCAGGAGGACCACAAGGUCCCUCCCCUUGCCAAAGCCCCUGUUUCGUGGUCACUGAGGCUCCUGGUGCCUGAUUCUAGGUGGUUCUCAGCCACUCCCUGUGGCGUCCGAUGAGAACAAGGCCCUUCUAGUCAUUCCAGUUUCCCAGGGACCCUAGCCCUCCAGCCAGCCGCUCAGGAUGUCCUCCUUGGUUCCCCAGUUUGCUUUCCAUGUAAGACAAGGCCAGGUGUAUAUGAGGGAGAGGAUGAGAGAAGGGGGAAGCCAGAAAUGUUCUCUGCUGGUCUCGGUGUCUGGUGCCAUCUUGUGCCCUGCUGCCUGCACACGCACAGACUUGACCCCUGGCAUGACCCGGGCAGGCAUGCCCCGCCCUGGCCUCUCGUUCCCAGGUUGGGGGGAAGCCACUUGCUGCCUGAGCCUGUGCCCGAGUGGCGGGAACAGUUGGGUGGAACCGGCUGCAGCUGGCAGCAGAGGCAGGAGAGGCGCGGGCCGUGCUGCCUGGCUGCUCCUGCCCCCACUGGGAUCUGCGUUCAGGGACACGUUCCUCCCCGCACUGGACUUCCACAGCUCAGCCUGCUCCCGCCUCACGUGCAGCGGCACGGGGAGCUGCCAACCUCCACCCUGCGAGCUGCUCCCCACCAGGGCUGCCCUACUUUCCAGACUGAGGCUGGUGGCCAGGGCAGGCGCUGGGACUUCUCUUCAGGAAGAACAGGCCUGGGGAGGGGUUGCUUCCUGCCCCUGGCCCGGCAGCAGCACAGGUGCCUCAUGGAUGGACUCCCGGACGGGUUCUGAUCCCCGCAGGCUGCAGAGUGUGUGCAACCUCAUGACAGCAGAUGCUGGAACCCUCAUGCAGUUCAUUACGAAGAACCUUUCUCACUGCGAUGUCUAGCUGUUCCCAGAGACAGAUAUGACGUGGAUGGCUUCUUCAGGAGCACAUCUGCUCUACAAACAGCGAGGACGGCGUCAGAGUACCUCGUGGGCACAGAGUCUGGCCACUCCCCUGCUGGUGACAGAGUGGCCAAGACACCCUGGGAGGACUUUCUCCUCCUUCACUCCGAGAGGCUCAGGUUCGAGACUUUAUCCUUCUCAAGUGAUUCCUUGGCAGAUUUCUUGGCACUGGAUAACUGAAUGCUGGGGAAGAAAGCAGCCACUCAACAGGAAAAGGGGACUUGGGGUUCCCACAUCUCAACUGUGCAGUGGAGAUGCUUGGGGGGCCAUGGGAAGGCAGUGCUUCUCUCAGGUCCAUGCACUGCGGUUCCCCGCUUCAGAGUCUGACCCAGGUGGGAGCUUUUCAGGCUAGACAGCUGUCCCUUUAGUCCCUCCGGUGCACAGGCGCUGUGAACACGAGCAGUGACAGCAGCUGCAGAGCAUAGACCCAGCUCCCCGUGUAGCAGCACUGGCAACGGGCUGGCAGGACUGGCUGGGGGCUCUGUUUACGGUCACUUCCUUUACAGCCCAGGCUGCAGGGCAUGCGGUGAAAUGCCAGUCUCAUGGCUCAGGCAGAAGUCUCCGUUCCCUUGUUUGACCUGUGAUUUACAUCGUCCUUGUCCUCCAAGUGUUGCCGAUUCCUUGCUCAGCUCCCUAGCAGCUCCUCUGUGCCUUUGUGGAUGGGUCUGGCCUGGUCUCCCUGCCUGUGAUCGGCAGUGCCCAUCCCUGAUGAGGCCCACAGUCUUCCUCGUGCUCCGUGCUUAUGUUUUCUGGCUAAGGGACAGAUGCAACUGUUUCUCCCUUUCGGUCCAUUUUUAGCAGAGUAAAUAUAACUAACUUAUAUUUUCCCUUUACGAAGAAUAGAAAUUAUUUUUAUGUAGUUUCCAAACUUUAUACAGAACUUUUGUAAACUGCUCUCUGCAGUUAACUGCAAGAAUGUAAAUAUGCUUCUAAUAAAAUAACAAGGUGGUUUGCA